AUGAGUUCAGCCGAGGCUUUUUUCACUGCAGUAAGCAACACAAGUUAUAUUUGCUUGGUCAACAAAGUCAGCUGUGGCCUAAAAUUACCGUGAGCUUUGACCGUUAGUAUGCUAACCGUUAACGUCUGUUAGCUGUAUCAUGUAAUGUAGCAGACUAUGGAGAGCCUAAUAUCAGACUAAACUGAUGAAAAUAACGGUGAAUGUGUUGAAGUAGAUAAUAUACAUCGAGGCCGAAGCCUGGCUGUCUGCUAGCUUGGUUUCUUAAACGUUUAAGUACCUUUCUGUUUGAGAAGUUAGCAAAAACGAUUUACCUGUGCUAACGUUAGCUCUACAUUAGCCAGGAUACCACGGGCUAGUUUACACUAAUCCGCUAUUAAAAUAAUAAACACCUGGGGAAUUUAAUGCAACCCUAACAGCUUUACAACGAACCAUACCUUGUUAUCUAACGUUUCUUUUGUUGUGACAUGGUCAAACAGGGCACAAUUCUUUAAACUGAAUUGUUAAUGUUUUCUAAAUUUACACAGUAAGUAAAAGAGGAUGUUAAUGCCUUGGUUGAAAACUGAUUUAUUCUCUAUUUCUUGAUAUGAACUGCCAUCAUCACAAGAAUGAGAAAAGUUGGUGAUAUUUGUGAUAUGGUCACUUUGCAUAAUCUAUACUGUGUUGAGUGUAUGCAUAUAAUUGAACUUUGAACUAUUUGGCUCUGUUGCACUAUGUGUCAAUGUUUUUCAGUUUAUGGCAGUAAACGUGAAAAUGAAAAGGUUCAGAUUAUACAGUUUGGCACAGAGUGUCUUGAACGAAGUGAAAAUGACAGCUUAUGCAAUACACUAGUAAAUGAUUUCCUAAAUGUUUACAGUAAAACCCGUUGUAUGUUCUUAUUUGUGAAAAAGUUAUAUAUGUAUGCAGGGAGUUUUCCCAUGUAGGGGAGAGUGGGGUAAGAUGAGCCAUUUUUCAUAUUUCAGAUCACUACAUCAACACAAUCAUAGUUUUCUCUCUCACUAGUGUAUCUGCAUAAAUUUCAGAGUGUUGUGCAUCCCUGCAAACCAACAGUAUGAGUGUAAACGGAACUGUCUUAAUAAUAUAGCUUGCAAAAAAAGUGGUCUCCUAUAUUUAACUUACACGGUGUAUGGGGUAAGUUAAACCUAGGAGCAGGGUAAGUUUUAUCCUCGGUUUUUGACCUCAUGUUGUCGCUCAUAGAUACCAAAAUUGAUGUAUAAAACAAAUUUAAAAUGAUCUUUUUUGGUCUGAACACAAUUAUAAUCAAACUUUAGAGACUGAAUUCACUUUCAAGAGAGAAAAAUGUUUUUUGUAAAUAAAUGUCUAACCCCUUCACCCAUGUGCUUCUAACCUUCACAGACUCCAUGAAUUGAUGUCCAUCUCCUAAAUAUUUGGUCACAUGAUCAAUUUCUUUUACCAUUUCCAAGCAACAAGGGGUGGCUUAACUUACCCUUUGGCUCAACUUACCCCACUCUCCCCUAUAGGAUGUUGUGAUUUCUCAGUGACUGCUUACCAUCUGCCAUUCUUUCAGGAACCAAACAACUUGCUGAGUGGGAGAAGGGAACACUCUGGUAAGGGGAUUUUUAUGUAAAUAUGCGAUAAUCAGUUCAGCAGGUUAUUAAACUCUCAUAAAUUUAAAGUGGCUGUUAUUUCAUCUAUCUCAGUCACAGAUAUAAAGCUUUGUAAAGUCACAAUAGAAGUAAGAUAAGGUGUCUUGUUUACUAUCAAUACAUGAAACCUCUCAGGUAGUGGAGAUGAGGCUGAACUUCAUGAGCCUGAUUCCUCUGGCAUCCUCCCUGCUGCCCCAGUGUGUGCUUCACAGAACAGAUGGGGGAUAAGAGGAGGAGAAGAAGUAAGAAAACAGAUGAUAAUCUGAUCAGACAGAUUUUAUUCCAACACAUUAAGUUUAUUUGUACCCAUUAUAUUGUAAAGGCACGCCUAUUCUUGGAUAUGCAGGACAAGUUGUUGUAUGUAAGUGACCCAGCAGAGGGCAGCAUUGAUCAGGUAAUUAUCCUUGGUGUCUUUCCACAACUUUUAUCUUACAGUAUAAGUAAUUAUCUCAAGUAUAUGUCUGUCUCUGUCUGUCGUAGGAAAUUCAAAGCUCCGUAUUGGAAUACUGGGUGUGUUUAGAUAGUCAGCACAACAUGGCAGACUGUCCGUUUACCAGGACUACAAGCCUUCCUGUAACUCCAGUAACCCACAGGCCUUGUGCAGUCCAACCCGUGCAAGGAUCUGUUCUCUAUCCUAUGCUUUCCAGCCCUGUGGAUGAUACCUAUAGUCCCAUAACUUCUAUGUGCAGUCCCACCGCUUUAGCCUGGGACACCCUCAAGUCCACAUCCUUGAGUCCUGGAAGCUCAGAUCAGGAUCCUGUCAGGGCUGCAGCUCACUUGCACCUGUUGGGAGAGUCUUUGUCCCUCAUUGGACAACAUCUUCAGGAGACACAUGUGGGUAGAUUUUUUUAGUUUUAGUUUUAGGAAAUUAUAGGCACAUCUUAAAAACAAUUCCAGCUAAAUAUCUUUUAAAGAAGUUUGGCCUGGAUCAUACUUAGCGCUAAAUCUAAAAUUCAACACAAAUGUGGUCCCAGUGAUCAGACCACAGGCUUAAAGAUUUAAGGGUGAAUCUCUCUUUUGUGUGUGUGUGUCUGCAGAAAACAGUGAGUAUACCUGGCAGCUUUUCUCUGCUCUUGGACUCUCUGCUUUGUGCUCUGGUUCCUCUGAUCUCCCUCACCCUACAGAUACCUGAGCUAAGGAACUGCACACAGCACACACUGGUGAGAGAUGAAGCCACAUCCACAAAGUCAAAUAGUUUUUUGCAAAUAGUUUUUUGUUACAGCCUGGUUCAUUUUUUCCCCCCAAGGCCUCCACUCUGGAAAACAUAAACUAUUUGAUGCCUGGGCUGUGA